AUGGCUCCUGAUAUCAAAAACGAACCAACGCGCACCAGAAACUCUGAUACCGCUUCCACAUUCUCCUCUUCAACCGCAACGGACGACGAGGAUUACCGCAGCUUCCUGAGUGACGUUGUCGUCGUGGGCGCUGGCCCCUCUGGCCUCAUGCUUGCGGAUAAUCUCGUACGGUUUGGUAUCAAAACGCGGAUUAUUGACGACCGUCCAGAACGGACUGCCACGGGUCGUGCAGAUGGGCUUCAACCGAAAACUUUGGAAACACUCCGACAGAUGAGGUUGUGCGAGCCAUUGACGCGAAAAGGAGUCAAAAUCUAUGACAUUGCUUUUUGGAAAUCUACGUCCGAGAAAUCACUGCAUCGUACUGGCCGCAAAAUUCAUUAUCCCCCUGCCGUCGAUCUCCUCGACCCUUAUCUUCUCGUCGUCCAUCAGGGCAUGGUGGAGUCCAUAUUUCUUGACGAUCUAAAAGAGCGAGGAGUCGAGGUAACUAGAGACACGCGUUUCAAUGGCUACGAUUAUACCCCUCAAAAGGUGCGCCCACUGACGAUCAAAUGCUCGCACACUCCCUCCCGAACCGAGAAGACUUACGGCUCCCGCUACAUAGUUGGCUGUGACGGCGCGCAUUCAAGGGUACGGAAGUGCAUGCCGAAUUCUGUUCCCAUGGGUGCCUCUUCGGAUUCUAUAUGGGCGGUGUUGGAUGGAGUGUUGGACACCGACUUCCCGGAUAUCUGGAGUAAAGUCAUUGUGCGCUCGGAAAAGCUUGGGUCCAUCUUGAUGUUGCCAAGGGAACGUAACUUGACCCGCUUAUAUAUCGAAUUGAGGCCAGAUUCAGAAGAAACGAGGUCGAAGGAGAAGCACACACAAGAGUUCGUGCAGAAGCGGGCACGGGAGAUUAUGCAUCCUUACCGGCUAGAGUGGCGGAACAUCGAAUGGUUUGGACGAUAUCAGGUUGGACAAAGAGUCGCCUCUCGGUUCAGUGACGACGACAGCAUGGUUUUCAUCGCAGGAGAUGCCAGCCAUACACAUUCUCCAAAGGCGGCUCAGGGCAUGAACACAUCGAUGCACGACUCCUUCAACCUUGCUUGGAAACUCAACUUUGCCAUUCGUGGACUCGCCAAACCCUCUUUGCUCCAAACAUACGAGCACGAGCGAAAGAAGAUUGCAGAAGAUCUCAUGGACUUCGACUACGAGCAUGCCAACGCGUUCUCAGAAGGUGAUUCAGAGGCUCUUGCUGCAACCGUCGAGAAGAAUGCUGCCUUCAUAUCAGGCUACGGUGUCUUCUAUUCCGUGAACGUCCUGAAUACACCAACCAAAGGACCCCAACGAGGCCUUCUGAAGCCCGGCUACCUCCUCCCUCCAGCCAAAGUGACCCGUUUCAUCGACAACAACCCCGUCCACAUCCAAACGGAUAUACCCUCCCUAGGCCAAUUCCGCAUCUACUUCUUCACCCACAACGUUCACGCAUCCAUGCCGUUCCUCGACACCGUCUGUGCCGCCCACAUGUCAAUGAGUUCCUUCGUUGGCCGCGUAACCAUGCUGGGAAACGCAUCCUACACAAUGCAACCCCCGCUAGCCGCACCGCACGAUCAAUUCGUUUGCCCCGAGCGAUAUACACCUGUUUCGGCCGUUUUCACUUACGCACUUGUAACAGAUCAACCUCGAUCGCAGGACUUGGAGCUGGAAUACUUUCCACCGGUCUUACGAGAUUCAAAAUGGACCAUUUAUCUCGACGAUGUGCCAGAGAAGGAUACCAGGAAGCAGAAAUGCCUCGACAAGUGGCUCGGCGGUCUGAACAGAGACGAGGUGGUGAUUCUGAACGUGCGCCCGGACGGUUAUGUGGGAUCCCUGAGGCGCUUUGGGAACGGUAUUCGGGAAACUGCUGCGCAGGCCAUUACAUGGCUAGAUUCGUAUUAUGAGGGUUUUAUGCGUGAUAUGUAG